CACGUCCUAAUAACAAGCCCUCUGAUUGGUCAAGUGUCUCACGGCCGGGGGGGUAAAAUUUGUGAAUGGCUUCAUACUGAGAUAUGAAAUUAUUUAUAAUGUUUUAUCAGCACUUUAGCAGAUGUUGUUUUUAUUUGAUGUGACGUUCUUCAGGACUGGAUUGUAAAGGGGAAACGAUGUCGGACGCUGAAGGUGCUCGCAGUCCAGACCAGCUGAAUAGAUUCGAGAAACUGACACACAGGCCGCCGCACCGUGAGACAUUAGCAGGUCAUCGUACUCCCCCUGCCCGCAGUGGGCAUCGCUGCGUUGCUGACAACACUAACCUGUAUGUGUUUGGAGGGUACAACCCUGACUAUGAUGAGUCCGGAGGCUCAGAGAACGAAGACUAUCCACUGUUCAGGGAGCUCUGGAGGUACCACUUUGCCACCGGCUGCUGGCAGCAGAUUCAAACAGAGGGCUACAUGCCCACAGAGCUGGCGUCUAUGUCAGCUGUUUUGCAUGGCAACAACCUCCUGGUGUUUGGCGGCACCGGGAUCCCCUUUGGUGAAAAUAACGGCAAUGACGUACAUGUUUGUAAUGUGAAGUACAAGCGAUGGUCACUGCUCAACUGUCGGGGGAAGAAGCCCAACAGAAUCUAUGGACAGGCAAUGGUCAUUAUAAACGGCUUCUUGUACGUGUUUGGAGGGACAACGGGUUACAUCUACAGCACAGACCUGCACAGGCUGGACCUGACCACCAGGGAGUGGAUCCACCUCAAGCCCAACAACCCUCCUGACGACCUGCCUGAGGAACGGUACAGGCAUGAAAUAGCACAUGACGGACAGAGGAUCUACAUCCUGGGAGGAGGAACUUCCUGGACAUCUUACCCUCUGGACAAGAUACAUGCUUACAAUCUGGAGACCAAUUCCUGGGAGGAACUUACAACUAAACCUCAUGACAAAAUAGGGUAUCCUGCUCCUAGGAGAUGCCAUAGCUGUGUACAAAUAAGAAAUGAUGUAUUUAUCUGUGGAGGCUACAAUGGGGAAUUGAUUUUAGCUGAUCUGUGGAAGAUCAACCUGCAGACUUUCCAGUGGAGUAAACUACCAGCAAUGAUGCCUGAGCCGGCCUACUUCCACUGUGCUGCUGUCACGCCAGCUGGCUGCAUGUACAUCCAUGGUGGGGUGGUGAACAUCCAUGAGAACAAGAGAACUGGCUCUCUGUUUAAGAUCUGGCUGGGUGUACCCAGCCUGCUGGAGCUAUGCUGGGAGAAGCUCCUCAAGGCCUUUCCCCACCUGACUUCAAUCCCUACCAUGCAGCUGCUCAACCUGGGACUCACACAGGAACUCAUUGAACGUUUGAAAUAGGCCGCACAUGGAAGGACGGACAAAUGAAUGGAUGGGAUGGGCUGGGCUGGAAUGGGAGGAGAUGAGUUCUGACAGAGCACAGAAUUAAAUUCUUAGCAAAAUUCUCGGGAAAAUGUCGUUUCCCUCCCCUGCCUAACGUAGCCCCACCUUAAAACCAAAAACAAUGGGAUGCCUUUUUUUGUUAGUUCUUAUUAUUUUUCGCAGUUUCAGUGAUGAUAAAGAAAAUAAAUGUGGAAUGUUUUAUGGAUUUUACUCAACCCCCCUGUUGCCACCACAAUUCCUUACAUGAUGCCUUUGUGUCAAGCUAAACAUGAAUUCCCACUUCUCAUCCUCCAAACUGUGACAGCUGGAAAUACUAUAUUUUGCCAUACCACGUUUUCAAAGAUUGUCUAUUCGUUCGAUCGUUUUUUUUAUCUGCCUCCUCCAGUACUUUUUAAGAAUUCUGUGCAAAGGAAGAAUGCAUGUGUAUUUAUUUAAAAGACUAAUUCAGUUUUUCUGGGGGUAUUCUCAUCACCUGAUAUUGCUGUUUGCACACUUUGUCUUGCAAAUUUGUGGAUAUUUACUUUUUUUUUAAUUAGAUCAUAAAAGCAGUCUAUCUUCAGUAUAAAAAGUGGCAGACUGUUUUUGAAUAAGGACCAUGCCAGUGUUUCUGCACAUUUUAGCCAAUUUAAUUCAAGUCUCAUGUAUAAUUUUCAUUUCUGCUGACAUGCUGUCGUGUUUUAGAUUUGCUUUUAAAAUGGUUUUGCGACCUUCCAGGUAGCCUUUUUAUUUCCCUUAUCUCCUUAUGGUAUGAAAAGACUUGAGAGACUUGAGAAUUGCGACUUGCUUAACAUAGUCAAUCACACUGAUUUGCGUUUGCUUUUAUUGUUGAAGUUAUGUAAUCCUUGUAUAACUUUGACAUAAAUAAGAGCAGACACGCUGGUCACUGUGAGGCCAACCAAUCUUAAAUUUCAAGUCUGAGUUGUUUUUAUACUAUAUGAAUGGAAACCAGUGUCUGCCUGGAGGGAAGGAAAAUCAUUUUUUUUAAAGUUAUGGUAUACUUCGAAAAUGGUCAUGAGUAAUAUGUUUUUGUGAUAAGUUAGCUAAAACGUGCAGAAACACUGUAUGCCCAUCGUUAGUGUGUGAAGAAAAGGUUCAAUGCUGGAUUUGCAUACUGUAUGUCUGAGCUCUUGUAUUUCCUGUAUUUUCCAUUCUACAUUAUGUUACAGCCUAGUCUGGAAAACAGUCUGCAAAAAGGUUUCAAGGGUGGCUAUCUUUAAAAUGAUUAAUUUUCCAUCCUGUUUGCUUGCAGCUCUCAUUUGUAAACCAAACCAUGCAACACAUCACUGUGAAUUUGGUGCUCUUUAAAAUUAAUUCAAAAAUGCUUUUAUUCAAAUAAAGACUUAAAUCUGUUCAGACUUUUACUCCCUCUCUGUUGAGGACACAAAAUGUUUUGCACAGGGAGUUGCUUUAGUAGCAGGCUUAUACAAACAUUUGUUUUCACUGCAGUGCCUUUUUUAAACCUUUGAGGCUGACAUUUCCCAAAUAUAGGCAGUAUACGAUAUUUGCAUAUUAGACAAAGGGUUCAUGUUGAAAAUUGUUUUUAAGUAAGUGAACAUUUUCAAUAAGCUGUAACAUAUAAUCAUUCAACAUCUUGGUGACAAAAAUAGCAAUUGUGUAUCCUGUUUCAAGGAUGCAGAGGCUUUGUAUUCUCUUCCUGUUAAUCCAGACAGAGUAGACUUAAGGCAUAUUAGGAAUUAACCCGAAAAUCACUUAGUCAACGUGUCAAGUUAUUGUGUUCCAAUACAGUUCUUAUGUUUAAUUCAUUUAACAUAUGCCAAAUAUUGUGCAACUUGAACAAAGUGAUUAUAAUGAGAGGUUAGGUGAGGCCCAGGAUGGGAUGUUGCCCUAUGGUUUGAUCUACCUGCACUACUUUUCUCCCUUUUAUUUCUGUUCUGCAUGUCGUCAUUCCCUGCUUUUUAUAUUAACUUUAUCAAACCUUUAAUUUGAGACCGUUUUAAAGGUGACCACUAAAAUGUUGUACAGUAGGCUUGUGUGAAUGUUGUUGGGAGUACUGUUAAUAAAAGUGUUCUGUAAAUAGC